AUGGCUUUUAAAAGUGUUAACGUUGCAAUCAUCGGCGCUGGUGUCGUUGGAUCAAGCUUUUUAAAACAAUUGGCCUCGGUCAAGUCCCAAAUCUCUUACAAUUUGAUUCUUCUGUCUACGUCAAGAAAAGCCUUGAUUUCGGAAAACUAUAAGCCAUUGAGCUUGGAAUCAUGGGAAUCUGAUCUUGCUGAGACCACCAAAGCUCCUUUGUCACCGGAAGAUCUUUUACAGUACUUGAAAAAAUCCCCAGAACCUGUCAUUUUUGUCGACAACACCUCCAAUGAAUCAAUUGCGAACUUCUAUCCAACCUUGGUUCAAAAUGGAAUUUCCAUUGCCACCCCUAACAAGAAGGCUUUCUCCUCGGAUCUCUCGCUCUGGAGCCAACUAUUCAGUGGGAGCGAAUCGGCUGGUCUUGUCUACCACGAAGCCACAGUUGGUGCAGGUCUUCCUAUCAUCGGACCUUUGAACGACAUGGUUCAGACCGGUGACAAGAUUCAGAAAAUCGAAGGUAUCUUCUCCGGCAGUCUUUCUUUCAUUUUGAACAAGUUUUCUAGCACUUCUGCCUCGGACGAGAAGUUCUCGGAUAUUGUCAAAACCGCCCAGGACUUGGGUUACACUGAGCCAGAUCCAAGAGACGAUUUGAACGGUCUCGACGUGGCCAGAAAGGUCACAAUCUUGGCCAGAAUUGCUGGUUUCAAAGUCGAGUCUCCAACCUCGUUCCCUGUGCACUCCCUCAUUCCAAAACCAUUGGAAAGUGUUGCUUCAGGUUCCGAAUAUUUGGAAAAGCUACCUGAUUAUGACCACGAGAUGGAACAAUUGAAGCAGGAGGCUACUGCGGAGCAAAAAGUUCUAAGGUUUGUGGGCAAAGUUGACUUCCCCAACAACUCGGUCUCUGUUGGGAUCGAGAAAUACGACAUUUCGCACCCUUUUGCUUCGUUGAAGGGCUCUGACAACGUCGUCUCUAUUCAAACAGACCGUUACCCUAACCCUCUGAUUAUUCAAGGUGCUGGUGCCGGUGCAGACGUCACUGCUGCUGGUGUUCUUGCUGAUGUCUUCAAGAUUGCUCAAAGAGUUUGA